AUGCUGAGGUUUGCGGCGGCAGGGCUGAUGCUGAGGUGGGGGCCUCAGCCGACGGGCCUUGAUGUCAGGAAACCAGCGGCGGCUCGUAUAUCAGCCUGGUCAUUAGCAGCGGAUGGCGGUGGACCUUUGCCCAGCGCACCUUGCCGAGGCAGGAGGAGGGCUAUAAAACCCCGGGCCCUGUCAGCUGUUGUCACUGAGGUGCCGUCCCGAGGAUCAAGCGAGCUGGCUUAUGAAAUGUCACAAAAUGUCAUGACCGCCUGCCUGGAGCAGAUUUUCAACAUGACCGUCCUUUUGCCUCAGGCCUGGAACCACCUGCCUCAGCAGACCACCCCCUUCCCUGCCUCCCUGGAUGGACCACAGCCGCCCACUCCUCCUUUUACAAUAAGGAUCAAGACCCAUGGCACGCUGACCACCCGUGAAAAAUAG